AUGCCACCAAAGAAGAUUGAACCAAAGAAACCUGAGCCCAAAAAGCCAGAGCCUAAGAAAGAUGCAGCUCCAGCUGCUAAGCCGGCGCCACCUCCAGAGCCACAGCCUGAGCCACCCAAGGAGCCUGAGUUUGACCCCAAAAGCGUCACUGUUGAGUUCACUGCUGACCAGAUUGACGAGUUCAAGGAAGCCUUCACCUUGUUCGACCGCACACCAACUGGAGAAAUGAAGAUCACAUAUGCCCAGUGUGGGGAUGUCAUGCGAGCUCUGGGCCAGAACCCAACUAAUGCAGAUGUGCUGAAAGUGCUUGGUAAACCACGACCAGAGGACAUGAGUACUAAAAUGGUGGAUUUUGAGACCUUCUUGCCCAUGCUGCAGCAUAUCUCCCGCGCAAAAGAUCAGGGCAACUUUGAGGAUUUUGUUGAAGGGCUGAGGGUUUUUGACAAGGAAGGCAACGGUACCAUCAUGGGAGCAGAGCUGCGUCAUGUGCUGGCAACACUAGGAGAGAGGAUGACAGAAGAUGAAGUGGAUAGAUUGAUGGCUGGACAGGAGGAUGCAAACGGAUGUAUCAAUUAUGCCUCCUUUGUAAAGCACAUUCUCUCUGGCUAA